AUGUCUGAAACAUUGGGUUCACUUCCCCGACUCGUCCAGUCUAACCCGCUUGCCAGUUCUCUUCUCUCCCUCCUUAUGAACGUUUUAAAUUCACCAGGUCAGCCGCCAUCGUCGCUGGGGGAACUGAUCGGUUUAAAAAUGCCUGGUCUAUUGACUCCUCAACCAGCGCCCGCAGUCAAUCCACUCAUACCUCUCAGUGCCACUAGGCAGGCUCGUAGACUCUACAUUGGAAGUAUACCACCGGGUAUGACCUCUGAGGGCAUGAUGCUCUUUUUCAACACGGAGAUGCGAGCACGCGGCCUUUGUCAAGCAGUUGGUGAUCCUGUAAUCGCAGUCCAGGUUAACUCAGAGAGGCAUUUUUCCUUCAUCGAACUGAGGUCCGUGGAAGAGGCCACUGCCGCUUUGAAUUUGGACGGUGUUACUUACUAUGGCAGUUCCCUGCGUGUCCGUCGUCCUCGUGACUACGUUCCACCACCGGUGACUCUCGAAUCGAGAACUGGUUUCGCCUUCUCGCCCUCCCUCUCUUCAAAUUGUGUAUUUGUAUGUGGACUACCGCCUACGAUGCAGGAGAUCAGUCUUCAGUCAAUGCUUUCGUCCUUUGGCGUUCUGAAGUCUUGCGGCAUGGUAAAGGUAAGUAACUGGCUGUGCAACAGUUAUAUUUGUGUGAAUUCAUAA